AUGGUGGCGUGGCCUGUGAUCAUGCUUGGAACGUUUGCACUGAGAACAUUUUCAAAACCAAUUGCCAAUUACCUCGCAAAAGAGGCUGUCGGUCAUCCAAAAAUCCGUCAACAUGUGAUCAACAUUGCGCAGUGCAAGCGUUCCAAGCAUGAUCACAAGGCUGUCGGAAGCGGUGUAGAUCUUCUAAAGGAGAUCUUCGCAUUCACGGUUGCAGGAUCUGCAGUCAUCUUCAAGGUAUCCGAAGCAAGAAAGGAAGAAGAACGAUGCAGACAAGAGGAUGAACUACUUGAACAGGAAAUUGAACUACUUAGAGAGUACAAUGAACUACUUAGAGAAAGGCUGCAUCUUAUACGAGAGCUAAAAAGGCAGAAGAAUAAACUAGUUAGGCAACAAGAACUACAACAUAGAGAGGACAAUGAACUAUUUGGAGAACUAUUUGGAGAGGAGUUACAGGCGAUAAAUCUAAAGCAGAAUUUCUUUGAAGAAACGGACAGUGAACAUGAAGAAAAGCUUGAGAUUAAACAACUUGCAACAUUUGGCUUCAUUCUUAUCUUAAUGCACACCCAUGGCAAUGAAGGUAGAAAGUCCAAAUCUAACUGA